CUGGACAGUCUUAAUGGCCUCUGUUGAAUGUUCUGGCCACUUUGGUUGCUUCAGGUGGUAUGUGGUUAGAGACAGCAACAGUUUUAUGAGAUUCAAAGGCAAAAUGUGUGAUGACUGUUUGAUGUUUUAGUCAUUGGAAGCUGAAAGGGUUUAUUAUUGAUGCAGCUAAACUCCCAGCACCAGGUUCCCAUACAGUGCUCAUUGAGCCCAUCAAACACUGUCAAACAUUUUGUGCCCAUCCUCCUCACUGAGAACUAUAUGGGAACACUAUUGAAGUACAUUAGUAGCCUUAUUUAAUGCAUUGUUAAUUAAAAUAUAAUGAAUGUUGCUUGAUAAAGUGUUUCACAAAUGAAAUGAGUUGUUAAGCUUUGCCCUGGUGAUCAAGCACUGGACUCUGAUUGGCUCUGCUGAUGCUUCAUUAUUUUUCCACAGAAAGUUAUAGAUGGCAGAAAAAGCAUAAUUACCCCCUUUCUGUCACUGAAUGCUUUUGAGUCAAAAAGAAUCUGUUUUCUAUAAAUUUUCUUUAAAUUAUGUUGCGAGUGUUAAUUAAAACAAACUUGCCUCAGAGGAGAGCCUUCUGUGGUCAAUCUCUUGAGCUGCCUACUGCUCGUUUAACGCAUCUGUUAAUUGAAGCAGGCAGAAGCCAGAGCACACAGGCAUUAACCCACCAGACUGCAGAUUGCCUCCAACAGAGCAUGAAGACUCAGUUAAUUUUCAACACCGGAGUCCAGGAGCAACAAACUUAAAUGAAAUGGAAGAUACAAGGAGAGAAGAUGUGCCGCAGCAAAACAAAUGAAAGUACACGAUGUGCAGAAAAUUGGACCUGUGUCUCUUUAUUAUAAACUAUUUUUUCAUCAGCUGGUUCGUAAUGAUGCCUCAGUGUUUAAGCAGCAUUUUACAUGUAGAAAAAAAAAGCAAAAAAAAAAAAAUAAUAAUAAUAAUUUGCUUUGUGAAAUAAUUGUACCUUUUAAAGCCUCAGACUUUUAAAUUAGGGUUAGAACAAUGUUUAUCAUGUACUUUUUAAUGUAAAAUCCUAAUCUGUGAAAUAACUAAUAACUGAAGCUGUGAAAUAAAUGUAGUAUAAAAGUAAAGUAGCAUAAGAUGUAAAUACAAGCAGCCUGCCCCAAAAUCUCACUUAGGUACAGUGACUGAGUGAAAGUCCUCUGUGAUCACAGACACACUCAGCUUCACUGAGCAAAAUAUCCACAAAGUCACUCAUUUUGUUGUUGAGUCGUAAAAAAAAUAACUUUAAAAGACAAAAAAAAAAAAAAAAAGAUGUCCUGGUGGGAGAUUGCAUCGGGAACAAGUGGAAUUAUUUCCCCUUCCUGGGAUUUUGUUUCUUGUUCAAAGGAAAAGCAUUUUGAAAGGAUGAAUGACACCAACUGACCAUCAAAUACAUAACAAAUGUUCUUGCUGCUGCAUUGGCGUGUAGUAAGUGUAAUUGUAAUACUGUAACCGUGAAAUUUGGUUGUUGUUUUCAUAUCACUUAACACGAAAGUUUGCCACGCUCCACUUGCUCCUGUUUCAUAAUUCCCUGCUGUACUGGACGGUCCUGUGCGCUCCUUGUGCCCCGGCGCUGCGGCCUGUCGCUUGUGGUCCAUCACCGAGCCGCGCUCUCCCGGUCGGGGGCCGCGCUAACGAGCUCCUCCUCCUCGUUUUGGGGAUUUACCCCGGGGCGCACUGACCACUGGACGCACCGUGGAGGCUCCGAGGAUUACUGCCAUGCAGCCGACCGAGCCUCGAGUUAACCGAGUUGACGCCAGGGGAGAUCAGGGUUGUGAGCGCUUCGAAGAAACACCACUGGCGAGCUCAGGCAGAGGCGCAGAGAAGACUGUACUGCUGAGUGAAAAUAUGAAGUGGUGCCAAUUACGCACAAAAAUGCGCUGAGGAGUUGGCGCGCUCGUCAAGAAAAACACACUAGAAAAGCUCUUUUACUGAGGACCUGUCACCUGGCCGUCACCAAUGACUGUCACCUACACAGCCAGAGUUGCAAACGCCCGUUUCUGUGGCUUCUCCAAGCUGCUUUUGGCCUGGAAGGGCAGCAUCUACAAGGUGUUAUACAAGGAGUUCCUGGCUUUCUUUGCCAUGUACACCGCCAUCAGCAUCACUUACAGAUUUUUCCUGUUUGAUGAGCAGAAGAGGUAUUUUGAAAAGUUGGCAAUUUACUGCAACCACUACGCCAGUCUGAUCCCUAUGUCCUUUGUUCUGGGUUUCUAUGUGACCCUGGUGGUGAACCGGUGGUGGAGCCAGUACACCAGCAUCCCGCUCCCUGACAGGCUCAUGUGCGUCCUAUCGGGGGGCCUCCAGGGGAGCGAUGAGCGAGGCCGCCUGCUGAGACGAACCAUGAUGCGCUACGCCAGCCUUUCGGCCCUGCUCAUCCUCCGGUCAGUCAGCACGGCCGUGUUCAAGCGUUUCCCCACCAUGGACCAUGUGGUGGAAGCUGGAUUCAUGUCAAGAGAGGAACGCAAGAAGUUUGAGGGUCUCCACUCUCCUUAUAACAAAUACUGGAUCCCCUGCGUUUGGUUCACCAACCUGGCAGCGGUGGCCCGCUGCGAGGGCAGGAUCAAAGACGAUCACACGCUCAAACUGCUGCUGGAGGAGCUGAAUGGGUUCAGAGGGAAGUGCAGCAUGCUGUUUCAUUACGACAUGAUCAGUGUUCCUCUAGUCUACACUCAGGUGGUGACUUUGGCGGUUUACAGUUUUUUCCUGGUCUGUCUCAUCGGUCGCCAGUUCCUGGACCCCAGCCAAGGAUACCCAGGUCAUGACCUGGACCUCUACGUGCCCAUCUUCACCCUGCUGCAGUUCUUCUUUUAUGCUGGGUGGCUUAAGGUUGCAGAGCAGCUGAUCAACCCUUUCGGAGAAGAUGAUGAUGACUUUGAGACCAACUGGCUGAUAGACAGAAAUUUCCAGGUGUCCAUGAUGGCGGUGGACGAGAUGUACGGAGAUCUGCCGAUGAUGGAGAGAGAUCGCUACUGGAAUGACUCCAACCCCAGACCCCCCUACACCGCCGCCACUCUCUUUGUCCUCCGCAAGCCCUCCUUCCAGGGGUCCACUUUCGACAUGGCGAUCCCUAAAGAGGAGAUGCACUUCCAGCCUCUGGAGGACAUUGCUGAGAACCUGGAGGAGUCAGGCAGUCGUCACCCCAACAUGGCCCUCUUCAACCGUCUUCUAAAUGCGGCCCCGUCCCCCACCGGCCUCAUGGGAGGGGCACUUCGCCGCACCUCAGCACAACUCCAGAGGCUACACCACUCCCCCAGUAUUGACCAGUGCACCAGCGAUGAUGACGACGAUGAAAGCUGUAAAAUAGGUAAAGGUGGGUCUUUGCCGUCGGGGCUCGGGCAGGAAACCCAGAGCACCGUGUGCAGUUUCAGGGAGGAGAAGAGCGUCAGAACGCCUCUGCUGGAGAUUCAGUUUGGGGCGGAGCAGGAGAGGCGAGGGGGGCACCCUGCCGUCAAUGACAAGAAGGAGACGAGUGGGGUGGUGGGUAGGAGUGAUGAAGAGCGGCAGAUGGGUGAGGAAAGAGGGAAAGCGGUGAGCACAAGGGGGGACCAUCAAGCUGCUGUGUCACUUCUCCCCCCCCCCCCUCAGUCGUCAAGAGAUACCUCCACCCGACCAGCCUCCGCCAUUCCCAUCACGACCCGUCAGCCCUCUGCCUUCCUGUUUCAGCCGGCUGCCCACUCCAGCCUGGAGCACUGCAGCUCCCAGCCAGCUAUCAACCAGAACAGAGCUGUGCCCGCCAUCCUCAAGCCUCCCUUUGGUGGAAACAAGAUGUCCUUCCUCACCGUCCCGUCUUACGACGAACCUCAGCGUUUUCGCAGUGUGAGCAUGGGAUCAGAGCUCACAGGGUCUUAG